AUUUCAAAUAUAUUAAGGGGGUACCUUAGGCAGCAAUGGAUUAGUUGAGCGUCUUCCCUGGCUCCUGACAUUUUGAGGUCCGCUCGACACUUUAAACAUGCGUCUAAAUUUUUGGGUUACAUUCUUCUUUUUCUUUAUCGGAUCAGCGUAUUCCAAUUCUGUAUCCAGCAUUUCCAUAGGAAAUGAGCUUUCCAACAUGAGAAUCAUCGGUGGAAUUGACGCUCAAUCUGGUCAAUAUCCAUUUACAGCAAGUUUACUUUCCUCAAGGAGUGCUUGUGUUGGGACCUUAAUUGCUCCUUCCUAUGUCUUGACAGCAGCCCACUGCAUUGCUUUAUAUGCCGCUAAUUCCCCUGAACAAGGGUACAUAGGUGUGUAUCUAAACACAUUGAACGUAACCGGCGGUGGGGCUAACUCUGUAACAAGAGGCGUGUCAGAAUUCAUCGUUCAUGAAAACUUCUCGAUCGUUUCUACCGGUUAUGUUAAUGACGUCGCCAUAAUAGUUUUAACGUCACCUGUAACGACAAUUACACCCGUCCAACUUCCUACACAACAAACAACAACAGCACCACCAAUGACGGAAGCAACAACCCAAAGUCCGAUAACUUCAAUGUCAACUGCAGCUCAAACCACAACAUCACCAACUUCUACAACAACCACAACACCAGCUACUACAACUACCACAACACCAGCUCCUACAACUACCACAACACCAGCUCAAACAACAACACCAAAAACUACAGUUAAAACCACCACCACUCAAUCCACUACAACUAAACCAACUACGAAACCAACCACUACAACCCAAACAACUACGAAACCAACCACUACAACCAAGACUACAACUAAACCAACAACUACAACCAAGACUACAACUAAACCAACCACUACAACCAAGACUACUACGAAACCAACCACUACAACCAAGACUACAACUAAACCAACAACUACAACCAAGACUACAACUAAACCAACCACUACAACCAAGACUACAACUAAACCAACAACUACAACUAAACCAACCACUACAACCAAGACUACUACGAAACCAACCACUACAACCAAGACUACUACGAAACCAACCACUACAACCAAGACUACAACUAAACCCACUACGAAACUAACCACCACAACAACAAAGCCAACCACCACAACAACGAAGACGACCACCAAAACAACAACGAAGCCAACAACUAAAACAACGACGAAGCCAAUCGCCAAAGCAGCCAUAAAAACCCUAGCAAUUGUUAAUAAUACCAACGGCAUAAUUACUGGAUGGGGACUAACAUCGGAUGGAGGAUUCAGUUCAGACACAUUGAAGGUGGCCAAUGUCCAAGUUCUCGGUGAUCAAAUCUGCAGCCAAAAUUGGGGCAGCUUAUUCAACGUUAACUCUAUGCUGUGUGCCGGCGGAACCACUAGCUCCAUCUGCGUGGAUGACGAAGGUGGUCCGAUUCUGGUUAACGGAGUCCAGGUAGGUAUCGCUAGCUUCUUUUCUGGCAGUCUUCAGCAGUGUAAUGAUCCUAACGCUCCUGCCGUGUACACCCGAGUCUCCGCUUACCUGGACUGGAUUGCGAAAACUAUGGCUGGACAUCCUGCUCCACAAUCCGGUUAAAAAAAUAAGACCUGUAACGCAGCAGUCUCUCGGCCUAGCAGGUCUUCAUUUAAAGCAUAUUUUCCAUUCUAUCAAAUAGACUUAUUUAGAUCCUACUUUAAGUUUUUCUUUUGUGUGUCGUGUGAAAAUUACACAUUAUGUGCACGUGAAGUGCGCGAAUACAUUUCUUAGGGGAAGGUAACACA